AGAAGAGCGCAAUGCGCAUGUCAAACAAAUUAGAUUUCUCGGUGGAUCUCACGUAGUUACUGUGACUUUUGGAAGUGCCUUUCGAUUUUACUUAAUGAGAAAGAAAACACAGAAGAUGAGCUCCAAACUGCAUGGGGUUGACCGAAGAAAUCAGCUAUCAAUGACACACAAGAAAUCAGAUGUAACACCUCGGAAUGAAUCGGCCAUUAACAAUAACGUUUAUCGGAAUUUUCCAAGAACACAACAUUACUCGACCAGCGGUCAGGGUCAAUUCCUGAAUGAAGUAGAAAAUGUAAAGAAUGAACAGCAAUCACCCUUUGCUUUUCCUUCCUGUUCCCAAACAUUGGCCUAUCUCCAAUGGUGGAAGGCGAAGAAGAAGAAAGCGAUAUCCGAACGCGGCAAAAGAGUCUACAAGGAUCGACAUAAAAUUCCGCAAUCCCACAAAAUUUUGCAAAGAUUACACGUGGACGUUGAGAUAGAAGCGGAGAAAGCAAAAAAACACAAAGCUGUGGAUAAAGUGAUUGCUAUGACGGAUGUGGAUCCACAGUAUUUUACAGAAUUAUCCGGCAGAUCUGUAAAAGAAAAGUUUUCAUUGGAACAAUAUGUUCAAGAUGUACGAGAGAUAUUAAAAACAAAACUCCUUAUUGGGCAAGAAAAAGAUGAUUGUAUUCGCAUUGAUCAACAGUUUGAGCAAGAACUACGUCGAUUACGACAAAUUCAGUAUCGUUGUCGGCGAUACGUAAGCGGCUUCGAGGAAUUCCUAUCGAAAGAUCACGAGAAAAGUAUGCGUAUGCUGGAGAAAGCGGAACAGGAAGCGAAAUUGACGGAAGAGAUUAGCGUCCGGAGAAAUGAGCUCGCGAAACAAUUCGGUCAGAGCAGGCUGGACGUUUACGUCUGGGAGGAAAAUUGGAGACUGGUGAAAAUGUGUCAAAUAUUCCUUUUUCGGGUAUCACCUGUCACUUGGAGGGUCAAGUACGAGUUGUUCCAACAGCCCGAGUCAGGAAGGAGCGUUGGCUUCGAAGAAACUCCAUCAGGGGAUCUGUUUAGCAGAUACAAAACACUAGAUGAGAGCGCAUCCUUAGAGGCCUUGAUAGAACUAUUCGAAGAGGAUAUCACUGAAGCCGGCCCGUCCGAAUUGUACUUCGAGGAUCCAUUCGAUUUGAUCCGCUUCUUUCGUGCGAUGGAGACUCAAAAUCUAAAUGCACUCAUACAUCUCGAAUCGCUCGCCGCACCGAUGGCUGACAUGGCCACGACUAUCACUGUGACUGAAGCGCAGAUCAAACGAGAAAUUAGCGAAAUCACUUCAACGAUCAAUGACUUGGAAAAUUCUAUCGCCAAAGCAGAAAAGAGAGCGGAUAACCUCGAGGAAUAUGCUAAUUACCUUCUCCGAGAUGUCUUCCGACGUCUAAUUUGCUCUGAAGAGGUGCUCUAUCUUCGCGUUUUCAUAGAGGAUACGUACGAGAGCUGCGUAGGUCCAAACGAUGCGAAUCUUGAUAGUUUUUCGAUGAUGAAGUGGAUCGAAAAAAUCCACGAAGAGCUUAAUCUCCAACUAGAUAAUCUGCCGCGCGAAAUCGUUCGUGCUUGCGAGCGGGAAGGAUUUCGUCAAGAGAUGAAGAUUAUAAAGGAAGCGGAGGACGCCGCAAGAAAGUUCGAGUUAAUGCAUCGACUACUGGACGCGCUGAAACGCAUCAUGGAACCACCUACAAAGAAGAAACGGCCACUAAUUCGGCGUUCAGUACCUAUCACGGCCAAGAUGAGACUACCAUCACGUUUGCCGAAGCCGGCGGACGAGGAAGUCCAAUAUCUCACCUUCUUCACCGAUUACUGCAAACGCGAUGAUUUCAUCACAUAUCUUUCCAAGUUUCCGAAAGAUUUCGACUUGACAUUCCAAAGCAAACGCGAUGACAUUGAGAUCGAGACAACAAUCAAUGAUGUAUCUCCGAGUCGAGAACAAAUGCAGGAAUAGGGGAGAGGAGGGGAAGAGAAAGAGGCGGAGGAGAGAAAAUGAAUGUACCAUCAUUGAAAACGUAACGGAAUCAGCACAUUUAUUUGAAAAUUCCUCGUGCGUGUAUAUAUCCGAAAGGAUCGUAUCAGUCUAACGCGCUACGCAUCGUCGAUUACUUAGCUAGCGCUAUUAAUAAUAUGUAUACAUAAAUAGGCAAUUUAACGAUCGAUUGAAGCACGAGAUAAAAUAUUCAGAGAUAAUAAAACACAACAAGGGGCAA